UAAUCGUAAACGUAAUAAUUUUUGUUACUAGCAGUUUUCAUAUACAUAUUUUCUGUGAAUAUGGGUCAGUUCAAAUUAUUGAGGGCAACUUUAAAAUGUUAAUUUUUCAAUAGGGAUGUAGUUUAUUUGUAGAGUCUUUGUAUAUUGUGUUCAUUGCCAACGUGAAAUGGAAAUUUAAAUUUUUUGCAGUAAUCAUCAUCCCCGCUAUCGAGUUUGUGUCAGGCAAGAACCUCUUUGAUUCACCUUGUGUUUGUCAGUGGGUUAAUUAUAUAUCUCUGCUGUUGAUAUUAAUAAAUACAAAUGUGUUUGUGGCUGUACUUUUUGUUUUUGAGUAAGGCGAGAAACGGGAUAUCUAGUGUAUUUAGUGUCUUACAUAAUCAGCAACUUGCCAGUUUUAUUUUCUAACGUAACUGGUUAGCACGAUAAAAUAGGUUAAAAGCAAGCUGUACUGGUUUUUAAGGUUUAUUAGAUGGCUUCAAGGCUUUGAAUACGGUGGUUUGGUAGCGAACGCUGGUUGGCUGGACCAGUGCUUUGCUUACUUUCCAAUUUGAGCAGGAAAACAUCUUCUGCAACACGUGGUCACUGUUCAAGAAUGCUCGAGACCUUGAAAUGUAUACGGGUUUCUGAAUAAAUGCGAAAACUGGUUUUUGUAUUUCACAGCGUAGCAGUGGACAUUAAGAAUAGUAACAGCAACACUUUUGAACAGAAAAUCUGAACGAUCUCUCGUUUUCUUUGUAACUAGCUGUGACCGUGACUUGGUUCGCAUUGUCAGAAUCUAAAUAGAAUAGUUGGACCGUUAUUGCUCAUUAAUGUGUUCACUAUAGUUAAAGUUACAUUAAAGAUUCUCUAUAAACUACAUUUUAAGAAGCAAGUACAAACAAUUCAGUGUAACCCCUAACUAGCGAAUACAUUAUACGUCCAAGAAUGAUUUCUCAAUUCUGUAUUUAUUUUUCUUUGCAAAACGUCUGCCCUUGUGUUCUGUUAGCUGUCUUCGAAAAAAUAAGUGAACGGGAAAUGUAAUUAUUUUGUAAGAAUGCUUGGAAUCCUUGUUAUGUAAACAUUGUUUAUGCUUUAACGCUUCCAUAAAGAUAUAAAUAUAUGUAUAAUUGUUUUGUAUAAAAAAUUAAAUCUUAUCUUCGGAACAAUUUAUAUUUAUCAAAUGGUUACUGACUAAACUUAAGUCAGUGCCACCAACAGUUUUUGAGUUGAAUAAUUUCGUACAGAAAUUAAUGACAAUUCGAAACAGAAAUGCAAGUAUUACCAAAUUAUUACUUUUCCACAUAAUUCCCGUGCAUGUUGAGCAUUUGUCCCACGAUGGAUGAGUUUGAAAAUCCCGGUCUCGUAGCGCUGCGUCUGCUGCCAGACGAGCCACGUUCGCUCGGCCCGUGUGAGCUCUUGUCGUCAGUCGGACUUCUCACCGCCGAGGAACUGCUUCAUGGUCCACACAGAUGGGAAUCGGAGAGCGCCAGGUACAGACUGCAGGGUGGAAGCUCUAGAACUUCCCAACAGUUUCCCUGCAAUUUUUCACAAAAUGGGCGAGAAACAUUGGCACAGUCAAUACAGCCUUUUCCGUAAACUUCCACUAUCUCCGAAUGGAUUUCUCCAACUUUAUUUCCUUUUGCACAAAGAAUUCUUACUAAUAACAACUCGUUUAUCCUCCACAGUUGACGAUGUAAUCACAAACGCCGGUGACUGACGAACGCUAUCGGUACGUGGAAUAACUAGAUCUUGCAUUGCGCCCGGUCAGUAGCGCUCUCUAGUUCCCUUUUUAGUAUAUUAAUUUAAUUUUUUCUAAUUAUGUUCCUACUUAAAAAUUGACAUGUGUGUUACUUGAUGAUACGUCCUCGUAUAUCAGUAUACAAGGGACACCCGGUAUUACAAUAAGGAAUCGAUACCCUAUCCGCCAGCCUGUCACACCCCUUUGAUCUCUCUCUCUCUCUCUCACCUUCAGUUCCUUGGACCAUGACCGCGGCAUAUCUGCCGAAUAUCUCCUUGGCUGGAUCACGUAUUUGUGUUCUUCCACCUGUAACCUUCAGAAUCAGUGACAACGAGGUGGUGGUACGUACAUCUAUACUGUUAUAAAACUGUAUCUGUCUGCUUGUUCGAGCUUCACGCAGACUUCUGGACAGAUUUUUGCUUAUAAGUUUAUGAUAAGACAUAAAACCGGCAUGUAUUUGAUCUCGUUACGAUGACGGGAGCCGGAGAUUCAACAAUAAAACAACAUUUUUUUCACAACCAAGUGCAGCCAAAAUAAUCUAUAAACUCUAAUUUCAAUUUCAAUCACAAUAUGGGAGGAGGGGGACAGUUUCGAGGAGCACAUACAUUAGAUGCCACGCGGGCGGAGCUGUAAUAUACCAUAAAGAUUAAACGAUUAAAAAAAUAUUAAAAAAUACUCGAAAUAAUUCCUAAAGAGUUCCUUGAGUUUCCAUUGGUUUGUUUCUCAUAAAAAUGUUUAGUUUCGCUCCGAUCUGUCCAAUUUUCCCCACACUUUGGUUAACACGUCCAGAGUAAUGGAAGCAAUAGCCUCUUCAAUUCUGUGUCUCAACUCUGGCAAAUCAUUAGGUAGCGGCGGAACGUAGACACGAUCUUUUUUUAUGCCCCUAAGGAUAAAAUUCGCAUGGCGUUACGUCAGGUUAACGCGGAGGCCAACGAAAAAGAGCUCUGUCGUCUCGACCAUUACGACCACUCUAAGGGCCCUGACACACGAGCGACCGAGUCGCGCGACUGAGACGCGCGACUCGGUCGCCGGGAAAUCGCUUGCCAUAAGAUAGCAUGGGCGUGGGUGAGAACCUGGCACACGGGCGACUGAGCGCGUCUCCAUCGCGCGUCUGUCGCCAGCAGACGCGAAUCCCCGCGACAGAUCGCGGCGACCAGUCGUGCGGGAGCCUUGCACACGGGCGACUUUUAGCCGCGCGUCCGAGCGACUGUCGGUCAGUAUCUGGUUGUAUGUACUGGCGAGGAAGAUGGCGUUCGAUUGUGACCGUUUUAUAAUCGAAAUAGAAUCAAGGCCAGCUAUUUGGGAUUCCAGAUGUGAUGAGUAUGCUAACAAAUGCAAAAAGGGAAAGGCAUGGGAAGAGGUGUGCGAUAUGUUCGUUGAGAACUUCAAAGCCAUGGAUAGCGUCCAUAAAAAUAAAGCAGCUGCAGAUCUGCAACGGAAAUGGAAGAAUCUACGUGACUGUUUCAGAAGAGAACUGGCUAAACAGAGGAAUUGUAAAUCAGGUUCUGCAGCAGAUGGCAGGAAACAAUAUAUAUAUUUCCAGCAGUUAACUUUCCUAUUGCCAGUAUGCGACACCAAACCUACAACAGAAGAAUCUCCAGACUUGCACACGCAAGCCACACCCGCAGCAGCUACAUCUACGGCACCUACUUCUCUUAAAAGAAAAAAACCGUCACCAGAAACAGAAGAACUUGAGCUACUUCAGUCGCUUAGAAGAAAUAUGGAAAAACGACAUGCAGGUAGAGAAGAAGAAGACAGUGACAGGCAUUUCUUGUUGAGUCUUUUGCCGUACUUCAAACGUCUGCCAGACGAUAUGAAACUUGAAGUUCAAAGCGACUUUUUAAACACCUUAAGAAGGUACAAUCAGGUGUCAAUUUCUGGUCAUCGAUGUCCUUCUCAGACUUCUGUCUACCCUCAUUCUUCUCCAUCAGUGAUCACAGGCCCAUCAUUUGUUUCGCUUCCAUACCCUAGUAGUAAUACAAGUACCUCUGGAGUACGCAACCAACAAUUUACACCCACCAUCAGUCAGUCUUACAACUACGGGUCUCAUUCAACUUCAGAAACAUCGCAGUUAAUGAGUCAACCCCAGCAGCCGCUGCAAUGCCACGCCUUAUCACCAAUGUCACCAGCAGCUUCCUCAUCAGUAUCUCUCCAGUCUGAUACGUCAAGUAUUUGUGAAGACUAUUUUAACUGAUACCUAAUAAAUUAUAAGACAUGUGACCUUCAUGGAAAGAGCAGUUUCAGUGAAUAACAAAUAAAUAUGUUAUCUAACAAUUUUCUUCUAAAUUUAUGAAAGAAUUUAUUUUCGUGUGCAAAACGAUAAACAUUUAUGUGUUGGAUCUUUGAGACAAUAUCGUGUCACGUAAUAAUAAAUGUUACUUAUUUGGGGUAUGUUCAGAAAAUGUUUUUUUUUAAUAAUAUGAUAAUAAAUGCUUCAACUAUACCCUUAAAAUACAUGUAACUGUCUAAUUAAAUUAUAAUUUCAGCCGUAGCCAAACACAUUUCACUCCUGUGUUCCUUGUACAACUAUGAAAUGAACUAUUUGUCUGCUUAUACAAGUGUACCCACCUUAAUGUAAUUGCAAGUCUCUCUUCAGCAGGGAUACUUCUUCUCAUACUUGUGUCAACUUUUUCAAUGUGAAUUUUCAGUACAUCCAGAAGAUCCGAGAAAGUACUCCGAGACAUUCUGAAAUAGUUAAAAUAUUUCGAAUUGUCUUCUUUUAGCUCACUCAUAAUCGUAUAAAACUGGCCCCUUGCUAAGCGGUCUGCAGUUAUUGGGUGCAUCCAUAGUACACGUUGCCUGCGACGACGCCGGCGCCGACGGCAACGACGCCUUAGGACAAUGCCAAGAACUGUUUCUUCGUCGGUGUCCAUAUUCACAGUGAAGAGUGUGUCGCGUGAACCUGGCACACGAGCGUCUCGGUCGCGCGGCUGAGUCGCUCU